CGCUCCCUCCCAGUCACCCUGAGCCCCGGUGGCUGGUGAGCGGGGACAGGGUUACUGCAGUGCACAGGGAGCUCGGGGCGGGGGGCUCCCCUGGCCUUAUGGGGAGGGGGGGUCCCCGUGGGGGACAAGAUCUCGCCAGAGCUGCAGAUCUCUGAGGCAGCGGCAGCUGCAAUGAUAUAUUAAAAGCAUACAGACAGUUGCAACAAAAAACAGCACGGCACCGGCUCCCUUAUUAAAAGCAGUUGGUUCCCAAACACUUGUUGGAGCAAGAAAGUCUUCACCUGCUGGCAGAAGGACAAGGAGGAAGCCAGUCUAACUUCUCUAGGAAGGGAGUUCCAAAGUCUGGGAGCAGCCACUGAGAAGGCCCUGCUGCCUGUGAGUGUGAUGGAACCGAGAGAUGGAUCUCCCUUGAAGAGCUCAGAACUCGGGCAGGUCCCCUAGAAAAUGCUCCUGCUGCAGCAUCCCACAUGGAUGGAACAAAGAAGGCAAGCGAUCCUGAUGGACCUGGAACUUCGGAGGAAGGAGAGACCCUGAGAAUCACCCAUGCAGGUGAUGCUGAGAAGAUGGAGCCCUUGAAGGAAGUGGAAGCGGAGGAGGAGGAGGAGGAGGAAGAAGAAGAGGGCAUCUUAUGUAUGGAGCCCGGAGGUCGCGUCGGGGAUGACGAUUCGCCGACUGCGGCCCCUCCGCAACGUGGGAAGGGGGAGCGCCCGUACCCCUGCGGCGAGUGCGGGAAGGCGUUCAGCCAGUGGUCGAAGCUGGUGCGCCACCGCCGCAUCCACACAGGCGAGCGCCCCAACACGUGCACCGACUGCGGAAAGUCCUUCACCCAGAGCUCCCACCUGGUGCAGCACCGGCGGACGCACACGGGCGAGAAGCCCUACGUCUGCGGCGACUGCGGCAAGGCCUUUUCCUGGAGCUCCAACCUGGCCCAGCACCAGCGCACCCACACCGGGGAGAAGCCCUACGUGUGCCGGGAGUGUGGCAAGGCCUUCUCCCAGAGCACCAACCUCAUCAAACACCAGCGCAGCCACACGGGGGAGAAGCCCUACCGCUGCCCGGAGUGCCCGAAAAGCUUCUACCGCUCCUCGGACCUCAUCCAGCACCAGAUCACGCACACGGGCGAACGCCCCUUCAAAUGCGACGAGUGUGGCAAGGGCUUCACCCAGAGUGCCAACCUGGUCAAGCACCGCAAGAUCCACGCCGGGGAGAAGCCCUUCCGCUGCAACGACUGCGGCAAGACUUUCAUCCAGAGCUCCGAGCUCAUCCAGCACCAGCGGACGCACUCGGGCGAGAAGCCUUACCAGUGCCAGGAGUGCGGCAAGCGCUUCGGGCACGGCGCCACCCUGGUCAAGCACCAGCGCCUGCACAUGGGGGUGGAGCCAUACCGCUGUGCGGACUGCGGUAAGACCUUUGGGCUCAGCUCGGCGCUGGAGCGGCACCGGCGCUGCCACAGCGAGAGCCGCCCCUACGCCUGCGGGGAGUGCGGGCAGAGCUUCUCGCUGGCUUCCAACCUCACACUGCACUCGCGCAUCCACCGGGGCGAGAAGCCCUACCGCUGCGCCGACUGCGGCAAGUGCUUCGGCAUGAGCUCCACCCUCAUCCGCCACCAGCGCAUCCACACGGGCGAGAAGCCCUACGCCUGCCCCGACUGCGGCAAGGCCUUCGUCCGCAGCUCCCACCUUACGCAGCACCGGCGGACGCACACGGGCGAGCGGCCCUACCACUGCGAGGAGUGCGGGCGGCGCUUCUCCCAGAGCUCCAACCUCAUCACCCACCAGCGCAUCCACAUGGAGGAGCGGCCCCACGUCUGCCACGGCUGCGGGCGGCGUUUCGCCCAGGAGGAGGAGCUGCAGCGCCACCAGCAGCAACAGGACGGGAAAUGCAGCGGCAAUGGAGGUGCCAGAGAGCCAGAGGGCCUGGGGGAAACCUGUGGGGAAAGGCAUGCGCCGGCAUCGCACCCGGAGAGUGGCACCACUUGCGCCAUGUGCGGGCCGGAGUGCAAAGAUGCAGCCGGACUUGUGCAGCUCCAGAAAGGCCACGUUUCCCUCGUCUGCAACGUAUGUGGGGAGAGCUACCAAGAUGGCGCCAAGUUAGCUCAGCACCAGGAGAGCCACACGUCUUACAUCUGUACCGAAUGUGGGAGGAGCUUUGGGGACUCCGGAGCCUUAGCCUCCCAUCAGGAGAACCAUGAAUCUUGGAUAUGUGGCGUCUGCGGGCAGAACUGCAAGGACCGCUUGGCUCUGGUGCAGCACCAAGAAGCACACUCGCUGUACAUCUGUGGGGCAUGUGGAGAGAGCUUUGUCGACAGCCAGGCACUUGAGGAGCACAAGGAGAGCGGGAGGUGCAAGGAGGACCCCGAGCUCCUGUUUGGCCCGGGAUCCGCGAAGAUGCUGGCGCGUGUGGAUUCCAGGGAGAGCUUUGCUGUCGGGAAGUCUCUCGUGCCGCGUCAGGAGGGGGAAGCGUCGUGGGGCUGUCUGGAGCGUGAGGAAGGCUGCAAGGACAGUUUGGCCCUGUGGAACCACCAGCAGAGCCACCGGCGGAGGCCUCAGGCCUGCUCCAAGUGUGGACAGGCCUUUGCCGAUGGCGCAGCCCUCUCUCGCCAUCGAAUGACCCAUAUGGAAGAGGAUUUGUACAAAUGUCCCCAGUGCGAGCAGAGCUUUGAGGGCCUUUUGGCCCUCACUCGGCACCAGGGGGAACACGUCUGCGAGAAGUGUGUGGAGUGUGGCCAGGCCUGUGAGGACUGUGAAGGCCGCUUGCUCCACCAGAAGAGCUUGGGGGACGAAACGCACGGAUGUCUUGAAUCCAGAGAACCUCCUCGGGCCGACCCAGAUCUUGUAACACAACUGAGCGAUCCCAUGGAGGAGCCUGCCGACACAGGUUUUACCACGGCUCAGAAAAUAUUCUCUGGUGACCAGCCCUCCAACGAAAAAGUGGUGCCCAGCCCCCACGAGAGUGCCCCACUGGACGAACAGCCCUUUAGCGACCCCUUGAGGCCUACUUUGCACCAGAGAAUCCACCCGAAAGCCCAGACUCUGGACGGUUCCACACCUGAGAGCACCCCUGAACAUGAGGAGGCGUCUUCGGGUGGGCUGGGCCUCCAAGACAGCUCAGCUCUCGCCUCACAAACCCCACCCGAAGAAGGGCCUGGUCUGGGCACCCUGGGUGACAGCUCGCUUAAAGACAGCUUGGCUGCCGCUCCGCCGCAGAAGAGAGCUUCUCCUGCCGACAGACCUCCUCCGGUCUCCACCGAAAUGGCUGCCCUCAUCCGCCGCCCGAGCACCAAGCCCUACAAGUGCCACGACUGCGAGCAGAGCUUUGUGGACGCCGGCGGCUUGUCGUGCCACCAGGCCGGCCACAUGAAGGGGCAGCUGCUGAAGUGUCCCGAGUGCGGGAAGGGCUUCCCGGAGAGGUUGGCUCUGAUCCGGCACCAGAUGGAACACACGGUACAGAAAGCCAGGGCCGUGCGGCAGACACUGCCGCCGAGAAACCAUCGCGGCAAGGGGAGGGACCCCGGGAGCCCCCUGGAAUUUGGGGAGAGCUUCACGGAGAUCUCGGCUGUCCUUUUGCAGAGGGGAAACCACGUCUCCGAAAGGGGUGCAUCGCUGCGGCCGAAGGAUCGUGGUGGGGACGGGAAGCAGAGUUUAGGCGACCCUUUGCAGACCACGGAGCCCUACUUCCACCUUGAUUUGGGGAAAGCCUCGGGUGCUGGGGGAGUGCUGGGCCAGCGCCAUGGGCAGCAGGAGAAGGGCAGGUACUUUGGGCACUCUGAGCCUGGGAAGAUCUCCCGGAACAGCUCAAUAUUGCUGCAGCACCUCCAGAACCACACGGCAGAGCAGCCCUGGAGUCAUGUGCAAUACGGCUGGUCUUCCCACAUGCCUGGCACUGGGCAUUGUGGAAAUGGCAUGAGCGCCGUUCAUGCGGGCCCCCGCAACUGGCGCAAGGUACCCCUGCACCUCUCUUCUUGGCCAAAAUGCUUGGACGAGCCGGUGCGCAGUCUCGAGACCGCCUCAUCUUCCUCACUGUCCACAAUCUCCUCCGAGUGCACAGCCUCGGCCUUCUGGGCCAUGGGAGGAAUUGGGAUUGUAGCUGAGGAUGAGGAGAACCGUCCCCAGCAAGAAAUGGAUCGCCGUCAGCAGAAGUUUCAGGGAACACGCUCUCUGUCCACAGGGGAAGCUUGCUUUUCGAGAGUGUCCUGCAAGGAGGAGCUCCGGGAGAAGAACAGCCAAGCCAAGUGGGAGAACUUGCCGUGGCUGGAAAGCAGCUUGGACCAUCGUGGAGACCGUGACCAGGAGGAAGCCUCUGAGAGCAGCUCCGUGGUCUUCAUUGAGGAGCAAGGAGAUGUUGGUUGUGUGUCUGAUUUAGAGGAUGUUGAGGAGCCCUCUGCCCAGGUGGAGGAAGUCAUAGGGGAGAUUGGGGAAGACACAGAGGCUUUUGUUUAUCCAGAGGGGUCUCUGCCGGGCGAUGAGUUUGCUGCAGAAGAAUCUGAGCAAAGAGUUUACCGCAGAGAAAGUCGCAAUGAAGCCCAACUGGUCCUGUGUCCAGAGGCAGCUCUGGGAAGGGAGGAUUCUGAGGAGGAAACUGGGGCCAUUGGUUAUGAGGGUGCAUCCUCUCUUGGGGUUGAAUCUGAGAUGACCCUUGAAGCUGAGGGGUCCAAUGGGGAGGAGUCCGAAGAGAUCCCUUGCUGGGAAGCAGCUCACCUGGGGGGAGUGGACCUUGCGGGGCAAUCGGAGGCCGUCGUUUACCAGGAGGGUUCUCUGGCUAGGGAGGGAUCCAGUGGCGAGGAGCAGGAAGAAAUCCACUCUCAGCAGGGCUCUCUUUCUGGGAACGGCUCCGACGAGGAGGCAUUCAGCAGCUGGGCUGUCCCGGUGCAGGCGCUGGUAGCGGAGCAGCGGCCUUCCAAGCCUCGCCACAUCUGCAGCGAGUGCGGCCGCAGCUUGGCCAGCCACUCUGCCCUUGUCCGCCACUGCCUUAUCCACACUGGAGAGCUCCCGUACGCUUGCACAGAGUGUGGGCGGCGCUUCCGGCAGUCCUCGGCCCUGGUCCGCCACCUUCGGGCCCACCGGGGCGAGCGCCCAUACGUCUGCGGUGAGUGUGGCAAAGCCUUUGGCGUCCGCUCUGCCCUCGUCCGCCACCAGCGGGCCCUGCACACGAGCGAGAGGCCCUACGUGUGCGGGGAGUGCGGCAAGGCCUACGCCGACCUCUCCGUCCUGACCAAACACCAGCUGAUCCACGUCAACGGGCGGCCGUUUUCCUGCCCUGACUGCGGCCAGGCGUUUGGGCACCGCACCACCUUGAACCAGCACCGGCGCAUCCACACUGAGGAGCGGCCGUACCGCUGCGGCGAGUGCGGCCAGACCUUCCGGCAGAACUCAGCCCUGGCCAACCACCGCCAGGUCCACUCGGGGCAGCGGCCCUUCUCCUGCCAGUACUGCGGCAAAGCCUUCGCCGGCCGGCCCACCCUCGUCCAGCACCUCCGGACGCAUACGGGGGAGAAGCCGUACAGCUGCCCUGACUGCGGCCGCCAGUUCAGCACCAGCUCCAACCUCCUGCAGCACCGCAGGAACCACCUGGGGGAGCGCCCUUUCGCCUGCUCGCUGUGCGGCCGCCGCUUUGCCCGCCGGCCCGACCUGGCCCGCCACUACGUCACCCACGCCGAAGGCAGCGUGCGGCCCCACCGCUGCGGGGAGUGCGGGAAGCGCUUUGUGGACCUGGCCGACCUGGAGCAGCAUGGGGCCACGCACCGCGGCGAGCGGCCCUACGUCUGCAGCUUCUGCGGCAAGUCCUUCGCCGAGGCUGCCACGCUGGCGCGGCACCGCCGAUCGCACCUCCCCACGGCUCAGCAGGCCUACAAGUGCGAGGUGUGUGGGCAGACCUUCGGGCAGAGCUCCGACCUGCUGGCCCACGGGCGGGUGCACAGCGGCGAGCGACCCUACGCCUGCGGGGACUGUGGCAAGGCCUUCGGGCGCAGCUCCAACCUGUCGCGCCACCGGCGGGUGCACACCCACGAGCGCCCCUACGUCUGUGGGGACUGUGGGAAGAGCUACACCCAAAGCACGCACCUCAUGGAGCACCAGAGGCUGCACACGGGCGAGAGGCCCUACGAGUGCGUGGACUGUGGGCGCUGCUUCGGCAAGAAAGGGCACUUGGACUCUCACCGGCGGGUGCAUCGCCUGUUGCCUGGAUCUCCCAGAGGGGCUGAUGGGGUGCAAGCCGAUUCGGGGAGCCCGGAGGGCGUAUGAAGGAAUCCUGCAGGGGUGGGAAGUUGUGGGUUGUGGGUGGGGACAAGGAGUCAGAGCAAGGCUAAUAGAUCUGAGAAUGGCUUAUGAUUCAUUAGAUUUCUAUACUGCCUUUCAUCUGAAGGUCAUAGUUCAGAUGGUAGAGCAUACGACUCUUAAUCCCAGGGUUGUGAGUUCAAGCCUCUUGUUUCCUGCAUUGCGGGGGUUUGGAUUCAAUGACCUCCAGGGUUUCCUUCCAUGAUUCUAUGAUCACAGGGGCGGUUUACAAUAUGAAAACACAAGAAUACGUACCAUAAAAAACAAACGAAGACAGUAACCCCAUUGCACAGUUAUUAGCCCUGCCUGAAUGCCACAGCGAUCUCCUAAGAAUAAAGAGCAUGUGCAGAAUUCCUGGAGGGGCUUCCCAAAGUGUGUGGCUGCAUCACCACAACCAACUCCCGUGUGUUCCUGGCCAGAGGCAGGCAGCUGUGAACUCUCUAUACUUUUCGUGAUUUUGUGGGGUGGGGAAGGGUGCUUUUCAAUUGCCUGAUGUUAAACGUAUGCUCGGUAGAGGGCGUCUUGGUCAUAAAAGGUUGGGUAAAGGCUAGAACAAUCUUUCCUCAACCUGGCAGCUUCUAGGCGUUUUGGACUACAAUUCCAAUCGUCCUCUGCUGUUGCCCCUGCUGGCUGUUGCUGAUGGGAAUUGCAGUCCCAAAACAUCUGGAGGGUGCCAGGGCAGUUUGGGUAAAGGUGGGUUACAAUGCAGGGGUUAAGGGGGUGUAUCCUGUCUGACUCAGAGACGGCCCAGUGAGGUUAAUGGACACUACUAACUUAAGACCCAUUUCAGUGGGUCUGCACCGUGUAGAACCAAGCCUUGGAUACAACCCUAAAUUCCCAGCACACGAGAUCUUGCCUAUAUCUUCAUUGCAGAUUUGGGAUUUGCACACAGAAGUCUUGGGCUUGUGGGCCCUAACUGCUAUUGAAUUCCACUGCAAGGCCACCCUGCUGGGUUCACCUCCUCUCUCCUUCCUUUCUGACCUCUUCAGCCCCAUGUUGCCCUUUCGAAAUGCAGAGAGAAACCAAAGUUUCUGUCUUCCGCCACUGCUUAUUGAGAUGUUUUAAGUAUUGUCCUCCUAUCCUCGUGUCAGAAUGCCAGGGACCCCCUUAGAAAUUGGAAUCCAGGUUCUGUCCCAAGGAGGUUAACUCUGGAAAAAAACAAGUUUCAAAUUGGACUGUGUGUAAUGUUCUCUACCUCGUACCCCUGGAGCUGAUAACACUUUUGCUUUGGUUCUGCAGAUAACAUCAAAUAAUCUUGUUUAUGUAUUCAAUAAGAGGUUGAGAAUGUCUGUGCAAACAUGUGUGAGAGUUUUUUUUCUUUUUUGUUUGAAGAAAUCAGCUAAAAAAUAUAUUUGAGAAACACGAA